AGGCCACCCUCUUACACCUGUCCAGCCGCUCUAGCAGGAGGUGGCGGGGAAGCGCCUGUCCCCGGAGGCCCCGAGCGGGGCGGCGAGAGAGCGGGCCGCGCCGUGCUAGGAAACAGCGUAAGGAGGAGGAGACGGUGGCGGUGGUGGGGCUGAGCGGGGAGGCCUCCCCGUCGCCCCCCCACCGGCCCAGGCCCCCGCGACGGCCGGAGCAGCAUGGCCGCCAGCCUGUGGAUGGGGGACCUGGAGCCGUACAUGGAUGAGAACUUCAUUUCAAGAGCCUUCGCAACAAUGGGAGAGCUAGUCCUGAGUGUAAAAAUAAUUCGGAACAGAUUGACAGGGAUUCCGGCAGGCUACUGCUUUGUAGAGUUUGCUGAUCUAGCCACUGCAGAAAAGUGUUUACAUAAAAUCAAUGGGAAACCUCUUCCGGGUGCCACACCUACAAAGCGAUUUAAAUUAAACUACGCAACGUAUGGAAAGCAGCCGGAUAACAGCCCAGAAUAUUCGCUGUUUGUUGGAGACCUUUCCCCUGAUGUAGAUGAUGGGAUGAUAUAUGAAUUCUUUGUGAAAGUGUAUCCGUCAUGUCGGGGUGGCAAAGUCGUUGUGGACCAGACAGGCGUUUCCAAAGGCUAUGGUUUUGUGAAAUUCUCAGAUGAAUUGGAACAGAAAAGAGCCUUGGUCGAAUGCCAAGGGGCCGUCGGUCUCGGUUCUAAACCGAUACGCUUGAGUGUUGCCAUACCAAAAGCGAACCGACUUAAGACAGUAGAGUACAAUCAGAUGUACAACUAUAACUAUAACCAGUACUACCAACAAUAUCAGAACUACUAUGCCCAAUGGGGAUAUGACCAGAACACAGGCAGUUAUAGCUACAGCUAUCCACAGUACGGCUACACACAAAGCACCAUGCAGAACUACGAAGAGGUUGGUGAAGACGCGCUAGAAGGCUUCUUUUCUCUUUCAGAUCCAGUGCCCCAGAUGGACGUGAGUGAAGCCAACAAACAGUUUAUGGAGCAGAGCGAAGAACUCUACGAUGCCUUGAUAGAGUGCCACUGGCAGCCUUUGGACAGUGUCUCUUCGGAGAUCCAAGCCAUGUAAUUGCCUCGUUGCUAGCGCACCGUCUCCAAGCCACAAGCCAGCGUGUGCCCCGGGGGCUCCUGUCAAGCACACGGAACCUGCAGCCGCGAAGGGGUUGCCUCCCCUUUCCUGCGGAUCCCAAACUCAGCGGGAGGGUAGGAGGCCCUGCAGCGCUUCCUGUAUGCAAUGAGUGAAGGAGGAGCAUCGUGGCCACUUUAUUCACGAUGAAAUUAGAACUCAAGACGCUUUGGUUUUCUUCUUAUUUUCUCUCCCUCCCUCCCUCCCCCCUACCCCCCUUUGGUCUUGAAGAAGAUUUGUUUAUACUUGUCGAGGAAUUGUAAUUUAUAAACCUUUAAAAAAAAAAAACACCAGGAGGUUGGGUGUGGGGGGAGGGGGGACUUUUACUUCCAUGUAUAAUAAAAAAAGUAUCUUUUACACAGUA